AUGUCUCCAUCACCGCCCGCGGUCGGCGACCCCGGACAAGGCGAUGAUGACGAUAUGUCGCUGUCAGCACACGACAACGCGGGAUCGCAACUAUAUGACGCAGGUGAGACAUACACGUCGCUGCCUCUGCAGGACUUGCUCCGAGUUACUGACUUUUAUGCCUGGGUCCCAGUCGACGACUGGGUCUGGAGUGACUUUGGACCGGAAGCUGGGGCGGGCGAAUAUGGCGACGACCAAAUGAUGGCAGACGAUGACACCCAGACCUUUAUCCAGCAGCAGCCUGUUCACCGGCCCCAACUGGCCUCACCUUCAUCACCCGAGGCGACGUCGGGCAUUCAGAACAGCUGGGCUGCUGUAAGCAGCCCGUCCCGUCAUGGACCAGCCAUCGGGUCCUGGUCGGGGUUCGCCGCCUAUCUCAAGCACAAUGACGUCAUGCCGACCGUCAGGAUCUUUCACAAUGGUAUAAAGACCCCUACGACGGCGCGCCGUGACAGCAAGAAAAAGAGGGUAGCACCCUUCCUGGACCCAGAGACUUCGCCAACUCCACUACCGCGCAAGAAGCCCAGAUCCCAGCUCGAGGAUGAUGAGGAUGCUCGACCUGCCCAGCCUGCCGCCGCCACUGUCUCUCAUCCCUCCAUUAAAACCUCCUACCCGAAGUUGCCGGCCUCUCAAGACGUUAAACAUGCGGGUACAUUGGUGACGGCUUACAAUUCGACUCCCAAGCGAUCGAGCCAGUUCAAGAACUCAGGCCAGUCUUCUCAGAUUUCCACCGUGCCCAAAGGCGACGGCGAUGGCGAUGGCGAGACCUUGCCAAAGAGUGCUAAGCCUCGGCUGCUUGAAGGCCUAUCUGAAAAGAAGAAACGGCAAAAAGCACCGCAACAGCUCAGAGACGAACCCAGGGUGAAGCAGCUUCAACAGCCUGCAGACGAAAAAGGGGUUGAUCGACAGUGGCAGCAAGACCGGGAGCUACGAGAUCAGCGACAGCAGAAUCAGGGGCAGCGAGACCAAGGGCAGCAGCAACACCGACAGGAGCAGCAACUGCCAUAUUAUCAGAAACAGCAACUGUCAUAUUCUCAACAACAAGAACAACACGCACAGAAACAGCAACCACCUCCACAGCCGCAGUCACAGAAACAACCUCAGAAGCAGACGCAGCUACGGGCUCAGAGCCAGCAGAAGAAGCAGCAGGCGCAAGCACAACCGCAGCUACAGAAACAGCUGCAGCCGCAGACACCGCCGCAGACGCAACCACAGAUUCAGAGACAACAGAAGCGGCAGACACAGACACAGACGCAGCCACGGACCCAGAGUCAACAGAAACAGCCGGAGCUGCAGCCGGAGCCGCAGUCGCAGCCGCAGACGCAGACGCAGAUACAGCAACGGGCCCAGUGCCAACAGACGCAGCAGCAGGCGCAACUACAGCCACAUCCACAGCCACAGCCACUACCUCGACAGGAACAGACACAGAUCGAGAACCGUCAGUGGCAACAGCAGUCUCAACAGCAGUCCCAGCGGCAGCCUCAACAGCAGUAUCAACAGCAUUCUCAGCAUCAGCCUCAGCACCAGUCUCAAUCCUACUCUCAACAGCCACGACAACAGCAACAAGAGCAACAAGAGCAACAAGAGCAGCAGCAACAGCACCAGCGGCGACAGCAAUGGCAACAGCCGGUAUCAAGGCAACAAACCCACCACGGCUCUCCUGCGGUGCUGACCCUCCCGAACCUGGGCCCUUCCAAGCAGAUCAAGAUCCCUUCAAGUCGACAGGAUUGCUUCAAGAAUGUCUUUGCCGGCCCGAGAAAGGCAGAGUCGAAGAGCUCCACGGACAUGUCUACCAAGCGCACUGUGACUGCGCCUCCACAGCCGCAGAUACACCCCAACGCGAUCGAGAUGGACCGGUCCGAAGCCUUACAGAUCAUGAGAGCAACACGGCCGACGCAGACCCCAUCCGGCAUCGUGACGAACCAGGACAUGCGCAGGCAGGUCAGGCAGUCGGACCUUGCCACCAGACGCCAGACGCCGCGAAGGGACGCCGAGUCCUGGGCGGAGCAGGAGAAGCAGCCGCAGGGCAAGAAAUGGAAGAACCGAGGCUUCGUCGCGAGCCGCACCAAGAAGCCGGACAACAGGGCAGCACGCGACAGGAGAGAGCUGAAGAAGACGAGCGACAAGUACUACCGCGAGAUAAGGAUCAAGUUCCCUGAUCUCGCCGAAGACGAGGUCCAGAGCCGCGCCGACAAGCAGGCCGAAGAGUGGCAAGAAAACGUGCUGAAGAGGAGGGAGGCGACCAAGGCUCAGGCUGGUCGUGGCGGUGGUGGUGGCGGUGGUGGUGGCGGUGGCGGCUCCAUCAUCUACAACGACGACGAGAACGACGUGGUGGAAGACGAGGAUACGCUCAACGGCGUCAUUGGCGGACAGUCAGUCGCCGACAGCCUCCCCUUCGGGAUCCUGCCCGAGCAGGACGUUCUGGUCUACACCGUCUACAAGACACACCCUUUCUCCGAGGAGACGGCGGAGGGUAUGGGAGACAGCCACAUCCGCGUCCAGACCUUUGUGAGCAAAGAGGAAGCCAACCAGUUCGCUGCGAAACAGUUCUCGAGAACGGACGAUCCUAUCCUCCGGAGCGUCGAGGCCAGGAUCGAAGAGGAGUCGGCAAAGUACAACGAGAGGCACGGCAUGUUCUGGGGUCACAGGCGAUACGCGGACGGAAAGGUACACCUCGUCUUUGUGGACGAAGAACGGGUGCAGGUCGGGAACAUGACAGCGUCGCAAUUCAAGGGCAAAAAGCUGUCUCGUCGCUUCAUCGAUGCUUUCGCACCUUUGAGGUUCGACGUCUGGGCCCUAUUCACCGACAUCAUCCCCGAACAAGAGAUGCCGACGUCUGCCCCUGCUCAGCGGGAGAGCCACAAGCUCGAUUCCAGAGGCUGCCAUGCUGCCCCCUCCAACCAAGACGACGAUAUCAUCUCCCACGACAUCACUGCCCGCUUCAAGAGAGCAUCUUCGGCACCGCCCAUCGGCGGAGCCGCAGACAAGCCACACAACGGUUGCGACCCAGGCUGCAAGGAGCAAGCGUCCACAACACGCCAGUGCCUACCCGAGGACGUCUUCUACACCCCACCAAAGGCCAAGCAGCUCCUAUACCGUGAGCUUGUCAGACCUUUGCCAGCGAGCCUGACUAGGGCGCAAGCCGAGGCCGACAUGAACAACGACCAAGAAGCAGACGGCCAACAGCUAACAAUCGACCCAGACAUGCACGACGAUUGUUACGACGACAGCGACGACGAGGCCGCAACGCCCCGCGGGCGCAGCACGACCACGUACCCGGUCCACAUCCGGGCCUUCACGACGCUGGGCGACGCAAACUACCACGCGCUGCUGGCGUACCUCUCGGUGGCGCGGCACGCCCGCCGCGCCGCCUGCACGAGCCGGCACUGCCCGGACGGCCCGCCGCGGUUCGGCGGCGGGCUGCAGGCCGAGGGCACCCGCGAGCCGGCCGACGGCGGGCCCAACCCGCUCCGCGAGGCGCGCGCGCGGGGGAUCGACGUGGCCUCCCACGAGGACCUGACGCUCGACCUGCACAACCGGCCCGAGUACGGCCUGGCCCUCGACUUUGCCCACCUGUGCAUCCAAGUCGUCCGCACCGAGCUCGAGGGGCCGUGGCCCAUCGGCCAGGGUCUUGUGGACGCCGCGGACCCGGACCCGGACCCGGAUGUCGAUGGUGGUGGUGGCGGUGGUGGUGGUGGCGGUGGUGGUGGUGGUGAUGGCGGCCCCCAGUCGAGGAAGGAGUGGGAGGAGUGGGUGCGCCAGACGCAGCAGGGUAAGCGCGGCCUGGCGCUGCGCGAGAGCCGCGCCGAGAGGGAGGCGGGCGAGGAGCUCGAGCGCAAGCGCAAGGAGGCCAAGGCGGCGCGGGCGGUCAAGCUGCUGCAGCUGCGCGACAUCUCGGACAGGCUGCACGGCGUCACGCGCAGGCAGCACAAGAAGAAGGAAGCGGCGGCGGCCACGACCGACGACUGUGACGACGACGACGACGACUACGACGACGAGGCCGGCCAGGGUCGGGCGGACGAGGGGCAGGGCAUGGGCGAGCAGGGCCAUGCCGAAGAGCUCGACGGAUACAACGAGGCGGAGGAGUCCGAGUCGGAGGAGUCGGAAGUGUCCGAGGAGGAGUGA